AUGUCGGGUCGCCUAGCGGGGCUGCCGGCUGCUCCAUGGGCCCCUGCGACAUCCCUGCUGCUGGCGGGGAGGGAGCGGCAGUUCCAGCCAGGAGGGGCUCGUGCCAUUAUUGCUGGAAACUGCUGCAAAGCAAUGAGCGAGGAUCGGACUGAGCGACGUCUCCUCUACGCAUCUCCAAAG